AUGCCAUCCGCCCAACCCCCUGCAUCUCUCGCAUCCAGCUCCUCCGAACCCUCAUAUUCGCCGGUCCCAGCGCCCACGAAUUCCCACGAUCGCGAUCGCGACGACCACGACCGCUCCUCCUCUACGCCUACCGCAUCCAAACAUGCCGGGGCCGCGUCCUCGUCCAGCGCCGCCCAAGACAAGGACAAGCCGCGGCUGACCGAGCAAGAGAAGAAGAACAACCAUAUCGCGUCGGAGCAGAAGCGCCGCGCCGCCAUCCGUGAGGGCUUCGACCGUCUGACCGAGCUGGUCCCGGGGCUGGAAGGCCAGGGCCGGAGCGAGAGUAUCGUGCUGAAGAAGACGGUCGAUUUCAUCCACCUGCAGCUGCAGGAGCGGCACGAGUUGAUUGCGGAGAUCGAACGCAGGGGCGGCCGCAUUGACGAUGCUUUCCGGACGGGGUGA